CAAAAUAAAAUCCCCCAUAAAUUUUAUUCACUCAAAAAAUAGUCCCAAAAAUUUAUUCCCAGUUUUUUCUUACCGCCUAAACACAAACUCAUUCUAGGGUUUUAGAUUUGCUCGAAAAUCAAGCACUUUCUCAGCUUUCUUCAACAAAAUUCAUCUCUGUUUUAUCCUAUUUCUCACUCCAUUCUCCUUCUUCUCCUUCUUCUCCAUCCCCUGAUGCUGUGUUUCUGUAGGGUUUAGGAUAUGAUUUCGCUUCAGCUCAGAUGAUAUCGGUGAUGAACAAGGAUUUUGAAUUCGAGAAGAAACCAGAUGGCCUCAAAGAGUCACAUGCGGAUGAAAGAGUUCUCAACCACGCUGCUGACAGUUCGAAUCACGACGAGAAAGUUUCUGGUUCGGGAGUUGUUAACGAAGUUAGGGUUUCUUUGAUGGAGUUGGAUCCUGGAGCUCCGGGGAGUGAGUUUGAUGCGAAGAUGUUGGGGAAUGGUAGAUCUGCGGAGUUUAGGGUUUUCCCGUCCGAGGAGGUGAGGUUUUUGGUUAGUUCGGAUAGCGAAGGUGGAGGAGGUCCAGGUAUGAAUAUGAAGUUCUCGAACUCUCUUGUUGAUGUUAAAAUCUCGAAAACUGAUAGAUUUGAUGGUUCAGUUGUUCAUUUGGAUGCACAGAAUGAUCGAAAGGCUAAUUUGUCUCAGUAUAAGUCUUUAAUGUCUGAGUUUGAUGAUUAUGUUGCGAAUGAGAGCAGUGGUGCAAUGGUUGCGGCGGCAACUUCGAGGGCGAUGAGCUAUGGGUUUGAGGUUGGGGAUAUGGUGUGGGGAAAGGUCAAGUCUCAUCCAUGGUGGCCUGGGCACAUUUUUAACGAUGCUUUGGCUUCUCCUUCUGUGCGACGUACCAGGAGGGAGGGAUAUGUUUUGGUUGCAUUUUUUGGUGAUAGUAGUUAUGGGUGGUUUGACCCUGCUGAGCUAAUACCAUUUGAGCCUAACUAUUAUGAGAAAUCUAGGCAGACAACUUCUAGGACCUUUCUGAAGGCUGUGGAAGAGGCAGUUGAUGAGGCAAGUCGGAGACGAGGUCUUGGUCUGGCCUGCAAGUGUAGGAAUCGUUACAAUUUUAGGCAGACGAAUGUCGAUGGAUAUUUUGCAGUUGAUGUUCCAGAUUUUGAGGCAGGAGGUAUUUACUCGUGGAAUCAGAUUAGGAGGUCGAGAGAUAGUUUUAAACCCGGCGAAACUCUCUCAUUUAUCAAGCAAUUGGCAUUGACUCCCCGAGGUGGUGAUCAUAGAAGCAUCAACUUUUUGAACAAUAAAGCUACAGUCUUUGCUUAUCGAAGAUCGGUCUACGAAGAGUUUGAUGAGACAUAUGCUCAAGCAUUUGGUGUGCCAUCUGGGCCGGGACGUCCCCCUCGCAAUUCUGUAGCUUCAUUGGAUCAGCAUAGACAACCAGCUCGAGCUCCUUUGAGUGGCCCCCUAGUGAUUGCAGAAGCCUUGGGGGGCGGGAAGAGUGCAAUAAAGCCUAUGAAGUUAAAGGACCAAUCUAAGAAAGACAGGUAUCUUCUCAAACGCCGAGAUGAACCAAGUAACUUGAAAGACUUUGGAGCCAAUCAGGAGCAGGCAACUUCUACCGUUCCCUUAUCUAUUGUUGCGGAGUCUGCUGAAACUGGGGGUGCUGGAGAUUACGUUCUCUUGAAGAGGACGGCAACUAUACUGCCAAAAAGUGAACACGCUGGGUUUGUUGGGACGGAUGUUGAAACUUCUAGUUUGAGUUUACCUAGUAAUGAAACUGAGAUUGGUCAGACGUCUGUGGGCAACAAUCUUGUUAGCCAAGGACAUUCUAUGAGCACUGAGGUGUCUUCUGAUAAGGAAAUAAUUCCUCCUGAGGAACCGAAAGAAACAAUAGCACCUAAUGAAGUUGUCAGUUCUAGGAGCGAUGUCUCCCCUGAUAUGGUGGCAAAUGAGAGGGAUUCUCCCAGAUUGUUGGUGGAUAGUGAGCCUGUAUUUGACCAAGCAGAUGCUUUAGGUGACCCUCCUUGUGACCAAGCAGAUGCAGGGACACAAAAUAUAUCGAAAUCUUCUGAAACUCCUCAACAACCUGAGCUUAGUAACAGAGUUUAUCUUGAAGGUGACCGUGAAUCGGAUAAAAAUUUGGAUAGCCAUGUUGACCUUGAACCUGCAUCAGCUGGUGUGAAGUCUGAUGGAGACAGUUCAGUUGGCGGAGUCAUGAAGCCAAAGGUUCUAAAACGGCCGGCAGAAGACAUGAGCACCUCUGACAUUGCAUUUAUGGGAGAGAAAAGGAAAAAGAAAAAGAAGCGAGACGUUGAUGCAGAAAUGGGUUCUGACCAAGUACAGAAACAGUUGGCCAAAAAGAAGGCUAGGAGCUUAGUUGGAAAAGUUGUAGAAAAAUCCGAUCCGGUUGGCUUGAGUUCCAGAGAGGAUUUUCGACUGGAACAUCAGAAAAAGAGCAAUGUGUCAACAAAUAAUUCCACCUUACAUGCUGGCAUAGUGUUUGGCCGAGGGAGUGAUGAAUUCGAUGUGCCCCAACUGUUAAAUGAUUUGCAAGCCUUUGCUCUUGAUCCUUUCUAUGGGGUUGAGAGAAAUUGCCAUGUGGGUGUUCAGAAGUUCUUCCUGCGGUUUCGGUCACUUGUUUAUCAGAAAAGUUUGGGUUCAUCACCACCAUCUGAAGCUGAAUCCACCGAACUUCGUGCAGCUAAAUCUGCAGAUACUAGCUUUGGAACUGAUAAUUUAAGUGAAAAUGUUAGAGAUUCGAUGUCCUUAAACUCAGUCAAACCUUUGCGGAGACGUGAUGAUCCCACAAAAACUGGGCGGAAACGGGUCCCAUCCGACCGGCUAGAGGAAAUUGCAUCGAAGAAAUUAAAGAAAAUGGGUGAUUUGAAAUUGUUGGCAUCAGAGAGAAAAGCUACCCAGAAACUUGCUGAUGGCCAGAAACGUGAAUCCAGAGAUUCUGUAGUACCCACGACAGUGAAGAUGGUCAAGCGAGACUCUGUGAAGAAGUUGGAGCCUCCUUCAGUAAGGAAAGUUGAUCCAACCAUGCUAGUUAUGAAAUUUCCUCCCGAAACAUCACUUCCAUCUCUCAAUGAGCUAAAGGCAAGGUUUGGUCGAUUUGGGCCUAUUGACCAGUCGGGUCUACGUAUCUUCUGGAAAUCAUCGACAUGCCGUGUCGUUUUCCUUUACAAACCAGAUGCUCAAGCAGCCUACAAGUAUGCAAUGGGAAACAAGUCCUUAUUUGGGAAUGUCAACGUGAAAUACCAACUCCGAGAAGUUGGAGCUCCUGCAACUGAAGCACCUGAAUCUGAGAAGGUCAGUGCAGCAGCAGAUGACAAUCCUGCCGAAGCCCCACGGACGAAGGAUCCAACGGUCUUACCAGGGCGAGCAUCGACUCUUGUGGUACAUCAACCACCCCUUCCACCACUCCCAGCAGUUCAGCUCAAAUCAUGCCUAAAGAAGUCGACGGGCGAUGAAUCCGGUGUUCCGAGUGUCGGCACGGGAGGCGGCAGCGGCAGCAGCAGCAGCAAAGGAACGACUCGAGUGAAAUUCAUGUUGGGCGGGGAAGAAAGUAAUAGAAACAACAUCAAUGCAAAUUUUGCAGAUGGUGGAACAUCUUCUGUUGCAAUGGAUAUUAAUAGUAACUUCUUUCAAAAGGUCGUUUCUACACCUCCACUCCCAAUUCCUCCCCAAUUCACUAAACCCUCUCAUAGCAUUACUACUACAAAUAUUAUGCAUCAACAACACUCGGAAAUGCCACAACCUAGAAAUACACUUAACCAUCACCACCACACACCCACCGUGGCACCACUGCCGCCCCCGCCCCUUCCCCCGCAACCCACUGCCACUACGACCACCGACAUUUCCCAGCAGCUGCUGAGCCUUUUAACGAGGUGCAGCGAUGUGGUCACCAAUGUGACUGGCUUGUUAGGCUACGCACCUUACCACCCUCUUUGACAAGAACAAAAUCUGCACUUUUGUCGAAAAUUUACAUAUCCCCAUGGCUAAUAUUUCCGCACCAAAACUGGGAAAAAAGAGGAGAUAUACGAGUGUGGUUCGGUUGCAAAUGAGACUCGUUCGAGAGGUCGAGAGCUGAAUACAUAACUACUUCCAAAAUGAAUCAAAAUGGGGUGUGUUUUUGAGCUCUUUGGCAAUGGGAAGAAAAGGAAAGGGAGUUUGGAGAGAAGGGAGAGGGGCAGUUUUGGCACUCCAAGUGGGCUUUUAAAUUUUUCAAAGAUGAUAUCAUAUGAUAUGAUGGGAUUUGAUGUUGAUGCCAUAAUGUACUGAUAUUCAUAGUAUAUUGGUCAUUGCUCAAUUGCUUUCUUUUCUUUUUUCUUUUUUCUUCAAAAUUUCUUAUUGUAAAUUGUUGAUUAUGGAGGAGUGGACCACAAGUCCCUAUUAUACUCUGAUUAAAGAGUGAGUGCUUUCUCUC